AUGCAAGGAUUGAAAAUCACUAACCUGCACACCACAAUUUACCAUCCAGAGAGUAAUCCUGUAGAGAGGGCGAACCGUGAAAUUGGUCGAUUACUACGAACCUACUGUCAUAAACAGCAUACGAAUUGGCUAAAAUGGUUGGACAAUGUCGAGUAUUGGAUCAACCAUACUACUCAUAGAACCACUGGUUAUACACCAAAUCAUAUAAUGUUUGGAGAAAAAACAAAAUUAUCAAUAAGCAAAUUGGUAGUUUUUCCUGAAAAAGAAGCUAUGGAGAAACCACCUGACAUCAUACAAAUAGUCAUGAAACGUUCAAAAGAAAAAGCUGAUCUGCGAAACGCAUACAAAGACAGAGAUAAACGAUUCCCUCAGUAUAACGUGGGCGAUCAGAUCCUGAUCAAAGAACAUAGGUUGUCCUCCGCUGAGGACAAGGAGACACAUAAAUUAUUCCUGAUCUACCACGGACCAUACCAGAUACAAGCAGUGCAUGAUAACAACACGGUAACUAUCCAGAUCAAUGGGAGUUCACGAACAAUCAAUUUCAAAAACAUCAAGAGAUAUUACGAACCCGUAAUUGAAAUCUCUCAAACAAUACAUAUUUAA